UUCCAGCCAGUGCAGCAGCAAGACAAGCACAGCGACGAUCGAGCACUUGGAGUAGUAAGUUGAUCACUUGGAGCAGCAGCAAUCAAUGGCAAUGACAGCAGUGGCGUCGCCGACCAUGGAGGUCGAUCAGGACCUCCCCGGCUUCCGCUUCCACCCCACGGAGGAGGAGCUCCUCGGCUUCUACCUCUCCCGCGUCGCCCUCGGCAAGAAGCUCCACUUCGACAUCAUCGGCACCCUCAACAUCUACCGCCACGAUCCCUGGGAUCUUCCUGGGAUGGCAAAAAUCGGGGAGAGGGAGUGGUACUUCUUCGUGCCGCGUGACCGGAAGGCGGGGAGCGGUGGGCGGCCGAACCGGACGACGGAGCGGGGUUUCUGGAAGGCGACGGGCUCCGACAGGGCCAUCCGGAGCAGCGGUGACCCCAAGCGGGUCAUCGGGCUCAAGAAGACGCUCGUCUUCUACCAGGGCCGCGCGCCGCGGGGCACCAAGACGGACUGGGUCAUGAACGAGUACCGCCUCCCCGACACCGGCGCGCCGCCGCCCCAGGAGGACACGGUGCUGUGCAAGGUGUACCGGAAGGCCACCCCGCUAAAGGAGCUCGAGCAGAGAGCCUUUGCGAUGGAGGAGAUGAAACAGAGGUACGGCAGCAACGGUGGGUAUGGCUACGGCGGCGCGGCCAGAGCGUGCCCGGUCCCGGCUGCCAGCGACUUCUACCUGCCGUCCUCCGACGACGUCCAAGACAACUUCCUGAUCCCCUCCACCUCCUCCUCCUCGGUGGCGCUGUCUGGCAACACCAGUAGUCAUGACGCACCCAGCGAAGCUAAGAAGGAAGCAGACGUGGCCACGGUGACUCUGGCGUCGACGUCGUCUCUGCCGGAAGCGGGGAACGCGCCCUUCGUUCUGCAGCUCCCAGCCGCAAACCCACCCUGCGGUCUGCAGCUCCCGCCGGCGAACCAUGGGAUGUCAAACAUGUCCAGCCUGCAGCUACCGGCGGCGAGCCACGGGGAACUGCAACUGCCAGCGGCGACCAACCACGGAGUGUUCGACUGGCUGCAGGACCCGUUCCUGACGCAGCUGCGCAGCCCGUGGCAGGAUCAGCAUUGCAUGUCCCCAUACGCCCAUCUGCUAUAUUAACCAGAUGCAAAUUCAGUUGUGCAUAGUACUACGAACCUAGACGUCAGUCUCUUUUUCUCUUUUGUUUAGCAUAGAGUCAAUUACACUGGUGAUGCUACAACUUGAUGUAAACGGUUACUUUGGUGCUAGAAGUUGUGGUGUACAUUAAAGUAGUGCAAAAACUUGGCAUU